AUGGCCGUGACCCAGCGCCCUGUGUGUCUUCUUUUUGACAUCGGUGGAGUGUGUGUCGUUUCUCCAUUCCAGGCAAUUCUCGAUUAUGAACUAUCACAAAAUAUCCCUCCGGGAUGGGUGAAUUUCAGCAUAUCGCGUACCAAGCCUAACGGCAGCUGGCACCAGUUAGAACGUGGCGAUAUCCCCAUGGAUGCCAACUUCUUUGCCGGCUUCAACCAGGAUUUACGCAAUCCAACUCUGUGGAAGGAAUUCCACGAAGGCCUGCAUAAGAAGAAAGGCGCAAAUGGCCCCGCCACAAUCCCACCGCUCCCGACCGUGGAUGCCGAGUGGCUGUUCUGGGAGAUGAUGAGGAUAUCUCGCACGCCUGACCCAUACAUGUUUCCAGCACUGCAAAAGUUGCGCGAGUCCGGUAAAUUCCUUAUGGGUGCUCUGUCGAAUACCGUCAAGUUCCCCGAGGGCCACCCAUACAAUAACGAUGUGUCCGGAGUGAGGUCCCAGUUCGACUUUUUUAUCUCGUCUGCGCAUACAGGGCUUCGCAAACCGGAUCCCCGAAUCUACGAGGUUGCCACUCAAGAGAUGAAUGCGUUGGCGCAGAAGCGUGGGCUUCCUGCAGUACAGGCAUCGGAUAUUGUUUUCUUUGACGACAUUGGCGAAAAUUGUAAGGCGGCAAAGAACGCCGGUAUGCGCACGGUCAAAGUCACACUGGGAAAGAUUGAAGAUGCAGUGAAGGAAUUGGAGAAGAUUACUGGACUCGCAUUGCUUGAGGGUGAUAAAGCUCGACUAUAG